AUGGCGCACUUGCUUAGCGGCGCCUGCCUGGGGAAUAGGGAGCAGGCCAGAUGGUUCCUCAGAGUAGCGCGAGCGCAGACGGGGACGGCGAUCAGCAAAGUAGCACAGGCGGCACCCGACUCCAAGGAUACGCUGAAGACGCUGAGGAUGGCGCAUGUCGCUGCGCUGAAGGGCUCACGCUAUAGGGUGCUGGAUGAGGACGGGUACGAUGCACUAGCCCCAGCCGUCGGGGGGGUGUUGCCGGCGCUGGUGGAUGAUCUCUCGGAGAGGAGUCGGAGGGACCUUGGCGCCGGGGUUACGAGGAACUUGCAAGUCGUGGCCGAGGCGGCGACGGGAGCGGUGCAGAGGUGGAUCCAGCUCAACGAUGAGGCUACCGCGCGCAUAAUGAAGAGAGAGGAACACAUCGAGUGGCUGAGGAAGCUCUUCGCUGGGUGGAAGGAGGCCCGGCCGGCCUUGAGGGAGUCGCGGAGGAGGAGGGAUAACGCAGGCAACGCAGGGACGGGCCAACAGCCUGUGGGAGAAACGAGGGCCGCGACGGCGGCUCAAGCGGGAGGGAGCUGA